AUGCAGCUAAUCUUCUGCCGGCUAAGGACCCACCAGUGGUGCUUCAUUCUUUUUAAUAUUGUUCUUUUCCACAUUUUGUUCUUCGGAGCUGAUCUCGUGGAAGAAUACUUCUUGCGAGCACUCCCCACCACCUACACAGACAUGAAGGUCCUUGAAGCCAGGGAGAGAGCACGGAAGCUGGAUAUGACCCCCUUGAAGGCCAAUAUCUCCAAGGCUUAUGUAGCUAGCAGAUCAGAGGCCUGCUCCAACCAAGAGAUCUUCCUCCUUGUCCUAGUCUUUGGCAGCCCUGAAAACUUGUCAAGGCGCAACACCAUUAGAGAAACAUGGGCCAACCAGACACACGUCAGGGGUUAUGGUACUCUCAUUUUGUUUGUGUUAGGGAAGCCCUCUUCAGAAGGCACCCAGCUGGAGGUAGUCCAGGAGAUGGAGAAGCAUCAGGACCUCAUUCAAGGCUCCUUCCUGGACUCUGUAGAGAACCAGACACUGAAGACACUGAUGGCUGUGGAGUGGGCCAUAACAUUCUGCUCCAGGGCCCGGUUCAUUCUCAAAGCAGAUGAGGAGAUGUUCAUCAACCUCCCAAGUUUGGUUGAGUACUUGCUCAACUUAAGAACCCAUCCCGAAGACAUUUACCUUGGGAGGCUGGUUCAUCAAGAGAAACCCAACAGAGACCCUCAAAGUCAUGGCUUUGUCUCCCAGCAAAAAUACCCAGAAAAAUAUUAUCCCGACUACUGCAGUGCGACUGCAUUUGUUAUCUCACAGGAUGUGGCUCGGAAGAUCUACGUAACCUCUGGAGAAGUUCCUCUUUCACUGCCUCCUGGUGCCUUUGUGGGACUCUGCAGCAAAGCAGCUGGUGUGGUGCCUGCUCACAGUUCUCGAUUUUCUGGGAAAAAGCACAUCCGCUACAACCGCUGCUGCUACAAGUUCAUUUUCACCUCCUCCACAGCAAGAGGUACCCAGCUGCUCCAAGAAUGGGACGAGAUCAGCAACAGUAAGGACUGCACUGUACUAGAAACUUAUUAUGGGUUGGUAUCCUGCAAAGUCAUGACAUACCUGGAUGGAUUUAAACACCUAAGUGUUGAUGCCUUACAGAACGAGGCUCUCCAUCUUGCUGAUUAAACUGACCCAAAAAACUCACAUUCCAAUGUUUGAUUUUAACCAUGGAUUUUCUCUGCUGAACCAUUUAUGCUAGGAGCCAUGGCCAGCAUCCUGUUGCAAGGAGUUCCACUGACUACUUGUGCUUUGUGUAAGUUUUUCUCUAUUCUGAACUUCCCAUUUAAAACAUGCACACAACAGAAGGGUAUAGAUGAUGAACACUCACAGAACCUGAGCAGGAGUCACAAGGUCAUGUGAACUAGUCCACUCCACGAGUGGAUGCAAAUUCUUUAAAUGAUGCAUCCGUGCAUGGUGUGGAUGGUAAUGUGACAGCCAGGCAUGGCAGCAACCAGUUCCCACAGUAUUCCUUGGACAUGUAUAGAUGAUUUUACCCACCCAAACACUGAAUAGUCAGGAGCUCAUCACCUCUCCUCCCUUCCAUGUUCCAAUAUCAGUGAUCAAAGGAUAGACCAAUCGAACAAUUAUUAGCCUUUUCAAGUAAGUUAGGGUAACAGACAAUCAAGAACAGGGG